AUUUUUAUGGAAAUAGUUGAAUUAAAGGAGGAAGAAGCAUAUCGAAUAUAAGAUCCUACAGAUAUUGUAUAAGUUACCCUUUUAGAAGGUGCUGUUGAAAUAUUUGGCUAGGAAUUAUUAAUGGUAGAAUUGAAUAUUUAAUAAAUUAGAAAAAACUAUAUGAAUUUCCUCCACAUAAACCUUUUUCCUUAUUUUGUUGGGUUCCAUCAAAAUUAAAGAUAAAAUAUAAAACUAAGGAAGAUUAGCCUGGAUAUAUCUUUAAUGAAGAAGAGUUGAAUUACCACAAAAUGAUGCAUGAUUUUCUAAAAAUCAACCAUGUUUUGGAAUGUAACAAUUGUAAAUUAAUUAAAGCAUAAAGGCAAAUGUCUUUGAAGUUAACUGAUAAAAUAGGUCCAAGAUUAUUAGUUUUAGGAAGUCAUUCUUGUGGCAAAAGUAUAAAUAAAUUUAUAUUUUAGACACGCUAUGCAAGACUCUUAUAAAUUAUAGUUUAGUCUAUGGUUGGAAACCAAUUUAUGUAGACAUUGAUCCAGAUAAUCAAUAAAGUGAAUAUCCUCAUUCAAUUAGAGCUGAAGUCUAAACCUGUGUUAAAGAGUAAAUGUUGAAAAACAGAGUUACUUAUUAUUUUGGAUAUUAAUGUACAUGAAUAUUUAAGAAUGAAAAGAUAAAGAUGUAGUUAGAGAUAUUUCAAAAAGAAUGCUAUUUGAUAGAUUAAUAGAAGAAUUAAGUGUUUAAGUAGAUAGAAAAUUGUAGGCAGACCUUGAAAGAGCUAAGGAAUUGAAAUUAUCAAUGUUAAAUUAAUUAGGAAAAGUUAAAGAUUGUAUAAUUCGCAUUUAUUUUAAUAGAGAAAUUAUGUGAAUUAAUUUAUAUGAAAUCAUAAGAAGAUAAAGAUGAAAAAGAGAUAUAUGCAAGUGGAAUCUUCGUUAAUUGUCCAAAUUUUUUAGGUUUACAUAAUUAAAUAAUCGAAUAAAUUAAGUUUUUAAUUGAUAAAUUUAAAAUCAACAUGGUUAUAGUUAUUGAUAAACCAGACAUUUAUAGAGAUCUUGAUAAAAUUUAAGAUCUUAUUGUAUAUAAAAUGGAAAAACUUAAAGGAGUUGUUGAUUCCUAUAAUCUAAAAGAAUUAGAAUAAUUAAAUUAUACUUCUUUCUAAAGUAGUCAAUCAAUUCCUGAAAAUUAAUUAGAAUUAUAUUAAAUGUAAGUAAGAGAAGACAAAUAAAUAAUGUUCGAAAAAACUAAAUCUACUAAUAUAGUUAAACUGACAAUUGCAGUUCUUCAUCUUAAGAAAACAUAGCUUGAAGAAAAUAAUACUGAAUUAAAUUCUAAAUUAAUUUUGUAAGCCCCUUUGGCUUUUUUAGCAUAUGUUGAUAACUUUGAUAAAGACAAAGGUUAUUUAAUUUAAAUACCAAAUGACAGUUGUCGUCAAACAUUAUAAAACAACGUUUGUAUUAUAGGAAAGUGAUGAAU